AUGGUUAAUGAAGACUUCUCAGACUAAGAGUAAAUUUGUGUUGGAAUAGAAUUAGGAACUCAAUUUAAUUUCUACAUCAGAGAUAUCAAUUUCCCAUAAAGUUUAUAUCAGCAAAAUAAAGUGAAGUUUGAUAAAGAUCCAUCACUCUAAUCUGCUUUGGGAGCACUUGGAAAAUCUUUCGUUUUUGUAUCUAAAGAUAGUGAUUAUUGGAAAAAAGUAAGACCAGCUGUAACAAAAAGCUUAUAUACUGAUAAUAGAGAUGAAAUAUAUGAAUAAAUUAAGCAAAAAAUUAUCAAAGAAGUUGAAUCAAAUCCUUUCAAAUUAGAUACUGAAUAUAAUUAUUUGCCAGAUCUCUUAAACAUAAUGUCAUCAGCCCUAUCGAAAAGCUUCUAUGAAGUGGAUCUCUCAAAAGAUCUAAUUAGUCAACUUUAAAAUGGUAAUAUGAUAAAAAGAUCUGUGAGUGAGUCACUUAUUAACAGCUUUAAAGUUUAGUUUAUUAAAACCUUUGACAAAUUAAACAUGAUUUUUCCAUUUUUAAUGUAGUAUGGAAUUGGAGUAUCGAAUUCUGAGCAAACUUACAAUCAAAGUCAAAUUAAUAAAUACUUUCAGAAAAUCAUUGCUAUAAAUAAAAAGUAAUAAGGGAGUAAUUAGAAUCAUAAAGUUAUUUAAAAUUUGAUAAAGCAUAUUCAGUUGCCUGACGAAUAGCUAAGUAUUGAACUUUGUCUUUUUUGGCUUGGCAUUCUAGAUAAUACACUUUCAUCUCUAAAUAAUACUCUUCAAUUAUUGGCAAGUAAUCCUACUCCUAGACAUAAACUUGAAGAUUUAAUAUAAAAUGGAUCUUAAAAGGAUUAGUUGGAGUAUGCUAGAUUAUGCAUAUUAGAAUCAUUGAGAAUGUUCUCUACAAAUCCAUUUUCAUCACCAUAAGGUAUUCUUAGUGAUGGCUAAAUAGGAGAGUAUUAUUUCAAAAAAGGAGACAUCAUUAGAAUUGAUUAUGAUUACAUUCAUUAUCACAAAGAUAUCUGGCAACGACCUCAAGAAUACAUUCCUGAAAGAUUUGACUUCAAUAAUCCACUCUAUCUCUAACCUAAUGGCAAAAAGAGGGGCAUUUAUAGUUUCCUAGCAUUUGGAUCUGGCAAGAGAAUCUGUCCAGGUGCUGAUUUUAUUGAGAACGUUGGUGCAAUCUUCUUGAUUGAACUUAUGAAAAGAUAUAGGUUUGAAAAUUUAGGCAACUCAGUGUUUAUGAAUCUCUAUCAACUAUAUAAGCCAAAUAUUUAAAUGAUGGUUAAAAAGCAAAAGAACACUGAUAUAUUCUGA